GGGCGCAGCCCGCAGCGUCCCCGAGUCCGGGCCGCCGCCGCCCCCGCCCGGGCCGCGCUCCCCCUCUCGCGCGCCCUCCCUCGCGGGUCUAACUCCUCCCCCUGCCCCUCCUCCUCCUCCUGCUCCCCCUCCAUGCCUCUGCUGCUCCUGCUCUUACUUAUCCUGCUCCUGCUGCUCGAGGACGCCGGAGCCCAGCAAGGUGAUGGAUGUGGACACACUGUACUAGGUCCUGAAAGUGGAACUCUUGCAUCCAUAAACUAUCCGCAGACCUGCCCCAACAGCACUGUUUGCAAAUGGGAGAUCCGUGUCAAGAUGGGAGAGCGAAUUCAUGUCAAGUUGGGUGACGUUGACAUUGAAGAUUCUGAUUCUUGUCACUUCAGUUACUUGAGAAUCUACAAUGGAAUUGGACUUGGCAGAACAGAAAUAGGUAAAUACUGUGGUCUGGGGCUACAAGUGAACCACUCAGUUGAAUCAGAAAACAAUGAAAUUACAGUGCUCUUCAUGAGUGGAAUCCAUAAUUCUGGACGAGGAUUUUUGGCUGCAUACUCAGUUAUAAGUAAACAAGAUCUAAUCACUUGUUUGGACACUGCACCCAACUUUUUGGAGCCUGAGUUCAGUAAGUACUGCCCACCUGGCUGUCUCCUUCCUUUUGCUGAGAUAUCUGGAACAAUUCCUCAUGGAUAUAGAGAUUCCUCACCCUUAUGUGUGGCUGGUAUACAUGCAGGAGUAGUAUCCAAUGUGUUGGGUGGCCAAAUCAGUGUUGUAAUUAGUAAAGGCAUCCCAUACUAUGAAAGUUCAUUGGCCAACAACGUCACAUCUGUGGUGGGACAUUUAUCUACAAGUCUUUUUACAUUUAAGACAAGUGGCUGUUAUGGAACACUAGGAAUGGAGUCUGGUGUGAUUGCUGAUGCUCAGAUAACAGCAUCGUCUGUGUUGGAGUGGACUGACCACACAGGGCAGAAGAACAGUUGGAGACCGGAAAAGGCCAGGCUGAAAAAACCAGGCCCUCCUUGGGCUGCUUUUGCCACUGAUACAGAUCAGUGGUUACAAAUAGAUCUGAAUAAGGAAAAGAAGAUUACAGGCAUUAUCACCACUGGAUCCACCAUGGUAGAGCACAACUAUUACGUAUCUGCUUACACCAUUCAGUACAGUGAUGAUGGGCAGAAAUGGACUGCAUACCGCGAUCCUGGGACAGAGCACUAUAAGCUAUUUCAAGGGAACAAAGAUUAUCACCAGGAUGUGCGUAAUAACUUUUUGCCACCAAUUAUUGCGCGUUUUAUUAGAGUGCACCCUACCCAGUGGCAGCAGAAAAUUGCCAUGAAAGUGGAGCUGCUUGGAUGUCAGUAUAUUCCUAAAGGUCGUCCUCCAAAACUUACUCAACCUCCACCUGCUCAGAACAGCAAUGACAUCAAAAACACCACAGCCCCUCCCAAAGUAGCCAAAGGUCGUGCCCCAAAAUAUACUCAACCUUUACAACCUCGCAGUAGUAAUGAAUUUCCUGUACACACAGAGCAAACAACUGUCACUCCUGAUGUCAAGAACACAACCAUAACUCCAAAUGUAGCCAAAGAUGUAGCAUUGGCUGCUGUUCUUGUCCCUGUGCUAGUCAUGGUCCUCACUACUCUUAUCCUAAUAUUAGUAUGUGCUUGGCACUGGAGAAACAGAAAGAAAAAAACUGAAGGUGCCUAUGACUUGCCUACUUGGGACCGGGCAGGUUGGUGGAAAGGAAUGAAGCAGUUUCUCCCUGCCAAGUCAGUAGAACAUGAGGAAACCCCUGUUCGCUACAGCAGUAGUGAAGUUAAUCACUUGAAUCCAAGAGAAGUCACCACAGUGCUACAAACUGACUCUGCAGAGUAUGCACAACCACUUGUGGGAGGAAUUGUGGGUACACUUCAUCAGAGAUCUACCUUUAAACCAGAAGAAGGAAAAGAAGCAGGCUAUGCAGACCUGGAUCUUUACAACUCUCCAGCGCAGGAAGUGUAUCAUGCUUAUGCUGAACCGCUCCCCAUCACUGGGCCUGAAUACGCAACCCCAAUUGUCAUGGACAUGUCAGGACACCCCACAGCUUCAGUUGGUCUACCUUCUACAUCCACUUUCAAAGCUGCAGGGAACCAGCCUCCCCCCUUAGUAGGAACGUACAAUACACUUCUCUCCAGGACUGAGAGCUGCUCCUCAGCCCACGCCCAGUAUGAUACCCCUAAAGGUGGGAAGCCAGGUCCACCUGCCCCGGAGGAAUUGGUUUAUCAGGUGCCACAGAGCACACAGGAAGUGUCAGGAGCAAGUAGGGAUGGGGAGGAGGAUGUUUUUAAAGAAAUCCUUUGAAGAUGAUGCUGCUUUUUUUUUUUUUUUAAACAAAGCAUCAAUUUAAAGCACAUGGCCUUUAAAAAAAAAGUUAGUGGUAGUAAUAUAUGGAAUGUAUUACAUAUCUGUCACUGAAAUGUUUGGAGGAAUGCGGUGGCCAAGGCACAGGAAACUACUUAUCUUGCCAUCUUGCUUUACAGGUGUUACUGUGGCACAUUUACUGCUUGCCUAUUAAAUUUUCAACAACUUGUUUAUAACUACUGUAAAACACUAUUUUUAAUACAGAAAAAGAUCCCUAUAAUGCACUUCAAAGAAACUGAAAAUCACUGAGAGUAUUUAUUACCAAUGCUGCAGGUACAUUAUUGAACUUGAGUUGGUUCUAUAAGCCUGAUAGGCAAUACGCAUGGUACUGUUCUUGAAAUGUCUAAUGGCUUGAAAUUUUUUCUCUGUCUUAGGUGGGUACUAUUACGUUUACCUUCUCUUCUAUUCCUAUAUUGCAUCCUGGAUUUUUAAUAGAUAUGUUUCAUUGUUUUGAUUGUAGCCAUACACACUCUUUGUCUUAAGGAGAUUGGUGGCUAAGAAACUGACUUGUGAGCUGGGCCACUAAGGUCACUUGCUGACGCUCUGAGAGCUUUAAGACUUCAUGGUACAGGGCCUGGUCUCUUCCCUGCUCCUUCCACCUGGGGGCCUUCAUGGCUGGCCCCAUUCUUGUUUAUAAAAUGUUUGUGUUUUUGUUUUUUGUUUCUUUAUAGGUAAUACUUGCUUUGUAAUCUCAUGAAAUCAAAUCUUCUGAUAUCUUUAGUAUACUUCUCUUUAUGAAAACCGGAAUUUAAAAUUUAGAAAAGUAUCUCUCUGCACUCAGAAGUAAUAUAAAUUAUCUUGAAAACCAAAAAAAUAUGACCAGAAUUGUCCUCUGGUGUUUUACACACACACACACACACACACUUUGAGUCUCAAGGUGUUUAUAAUUUUAGUCAAAUUUUAAUUUUCUUUUUCCUCACUAACAGUUGUAAGAAAUAGAAACCCAGUGUGUAUCCUUCAGUACAGUGUGGUGGUGCCUUUUGUGUAUAGUAAAUUUUGAGUAGUUCUUUGUGUCCUACCUAAGGAACAGAUAUAAUAGCACCCUAGCAAACUAAAUUGGUAUCUCCCAGCAACUCUUGAGUCACCAUUUGUUCUUGACCUGCCCAGAACUUGUUUUAGAUGGGGUGAGUUAGAAAGUAUAUGUAAUGUAUUCAUUAGCCUAUAGUAUAAAAACCAUGUCUAAACAUCUUAAGACUGGCAAGACAACCUAAGUUCACUGUGUGAUAAAUAUAAAUUUAAUAUCUUCUUUUCCAUGAAUCUUAGCUGAUAAGACUUGAUGUAG